CGCUCCAAAUGUCAUACUGUCAUCAAUUGAUUACUCUGACCGUCGAUCACACACACAGCCACCAGUACUGCCUAUAUAUACACGCUCUCUCCAGUCUCCAGAGAGCCUCAUGUUGCAUAUGCAGUCUCAUUAAUUACAUAUGCGGGGCGUCGCUGUUCAUCAAGGAGGACAUGAAGAUCACGGACGUCGAGGUGGAGAUCCUGCUCGGCAUCCUCAACCUCUACUCCCUCGUCGGCUCCUUCGCCGCCGGCCGGACCUCCGACUGGAUCGGCCGCCGCCUCACCAUCAUCCUCGCCGCGGUCAUCUUCUUCGUCGGCGCCAUCAUGAUGGGCCUCUCCGUCAACUACCCCAUGCUCAUGGCCGGCCGCUUCGUCGCCGGCAUCGGCGUCGGCUACGCCUUCAUGAUCGCGCCCGUCUACACCGCCGAGGUCUCGCCGGCGUCGUCGCGCGGCUUCCUCACCUCCUUCCCGGAGGUGUUCAUCAACUUCGGCAUCCUCCUCGGCUACGUCUCCAACUACGCCUUCUCGCGCCUCCGCCUGCAGCUCGGCUGGCGCCUCAUGCUCGGCGUCGGCGCGGCGCCGUCCGUCGCCCUCGCGCUCAUGGUGCUCGCCAUGCCGGAGUCGCCGCGGUGGCUCGUCAUGAAGGGCCGCCUCGCCGACGCCAAGGUCGUCCUCGGCGAGACCUCGGACACGGCGGAGGAGGCCGCCACCCGCCUCGCGGAAAUCAAGGAGGCGGUGGCCAUCCCGGCCGACCUCGACGGUGACGUCGUGGCCGUGCCGAAGAGGGCCGGCGGCGAGAGGCGCGUGUGGAAGGAGCUGAUCCUGUCGCCGACGCCGGCCGUCCGGCGCGUGCUCCUGUCGGCGCUCGGCAUCCACUUCUUCCAGCAGUCGUCGGGCAUCGACGCCGUCGUGCUCUACAGCCCGCGCGUGUUCCAGAGCGCCGGGAUCACCGACAAGAACAAGCUGCUCGGCACGACGUGCGCCGUGGGCGUCACCAAGACGCUCUUCAUCCUGGUGGCAACGUUCACGCUCGACCGCUUCGGCCGGCGGCCGCUGCUGCUGGCCAGCGCCGGCGGCAUGAUCGCCACCCUCGUCACCCUCGGCUUAGGCCUCACCGUCAUCGGUGAGGACGCCACCGGCGGCGGCUGGGCCAUCGCCGUGUCCAUCGCCUCCAUCCUCGCCUUCGUCGCCUUCUUCUCCAUCGGCCUCGGCCCCAUCACCUGGGUGUACAGCUCCGAGAUCUUCCCGCUCCACCUCCGCGCCCUCGGCUGCGCUCUCGGCGUCGGCCUCAACCGCGUCACCAGCGGCGUCAUCUCCAUGACCUUCCUCUCCCUCUCCAAGGCCAUCACCAUCGGCGGCAGCUUCUUCCUCUACGCCGGCGUCGCCUCGCUUGCUUGGCUCUUCUUCUUCACCUACCUCCCGGAGACUCGUGGACGCACGCUCGAGCAGAUGGGCGAGCUCUUCCGCAUCCACAACAUGGCCGGCGACGACGACUCUGCCGCCACUCGACCGCCGUCGCCGGAGGAGGAGGAGAAGAUCACCAACUACGUGGAGAUGGCGGCGCCGUCGUCGUCGUCGUCGACGGCCACUAGCAGCCAUCAUGCAAAGUGAGUGAUGGAAUUAAUGAAUGAAUGAAUUUGUGGGAAAAGCCAUGGAUUAUCUCAUGCAAUGAAAGAGACUUUAGUGGUUAGAUUAAUUAGUAUUAGUAGUUGGAAGAUACUCCAGUUAAUUCAGAUGGCUUUCAUUUUGACGCGUUGGUUUUGUCUGUACUAAUUAAGCAUGGAAUUAUUGGAUUAGUAGUUCGUCUCUUACUCUUA